UUGUAUAGUUCCGGUAUCAUGGCGGCGAACAGCGAGUGUGAAAGACACUGGAUGUAAAAUUAUGAAAUCUUAUAAUUAAAUGUUGUAAAGAAUAUGUUAUUGGUGGCGUUCCUGCGUUGGCCGGUGUGUCAGAGCACAGCGUGGUCAGCGCUAAGGACUCGGAGAAGCUACAGUCAGUUGCAGCCCUCUGCGUGUGUGUCAGAGCGCCUGCGGACCUUUGAGCGCCUCUUGCAGAAGCGUACCACAGCGGGGCCAUUGCCAGAGCGCCGUCUGACCGUGAAGUUAGCCGAUGGCCGAGCGCUGAAGGCUACCGCAGGGGUAACAACCCCACUACUCCUGGCGCAGAAUGCUCGUGUGAAAGGUGCCGUAGUGGCCAAGGUGAAUGGCCAGGUCUGGGCAAUACAGCGCCCUCUGGAGGAUGAUUGUGAACUGCACCUACUGGGCUUUGACACUAUUGAGGGGAGACAGGUGGUGUGGCGGACAGGGGCGUGUGUUUUGGGACGGGUGAUGGAAGCUCACUUUGCUGCUCAGGUGUGCCGGGAAGGAGUGUCAGACACAGGCCUCUACUGUGACUACCAUCUGGACAACAGUUCCCUGUCUCUGGGUGAGGUGGAGGCUGCCUGUAAGGAGGUGGCGUCCCUGAAGCUCCCCGUCACCACUCUGGAGCCGAGCAUUGAUGAGCUGAAGGAGCUCUUUCAGGACAGCCCUCUUAGACUACGCCUGGCUGAAGAACAGAUAAUUGGGCCUUCACUGUCUGUCUACAGGUGUGGUGAGAGUGUUGGAGUAUGUAAUGGUCCAGUGCUUCCCAACACAGGCUUCCUCAGAGCCUUCAAGAUGCUGCAGGUAUCCCCAGUAACUCUAGCGGGGGCAGAUGACUCUUGUGGGCUGGUGCGGGUGAUGGGUGUGGCAUUUCCGGGGCAACGGGAGAUGGACGUAUGGGAGAAGGAGCAGGAAGAGGCUCGCAAGAGAGACCAUCGCCGCAUCGGAAAGGAUCAGGAACUCUUUUUCUUUAAUGAUGUCAGUCCUGGCAGCUGUUUCUUCUUGCCUAAAGGGGCACACAUCUAUAACUCACUCACCGAUUUCAUUAAGCGUGAGUAUCGGAGGCGGGGCUUCAGUGAGGUGGUGACGCCCACCCUCUUCAGCACGUCGCUAUGGGAACGCUCUGGCCACUGGGAGCACUACAGUGAGAAUAUGUUCACCGUGACGUGCGAGCCACACACCUACGCACUCAAGCCCAUGAAUUGCCCCGCCCACUGCCUGAUGUUCGAGCAGCGGGUUCGUUCGUGGCGGGAGCUACCUCUGCGCUGGGCGGACUUUGGCGCGCUGCAUCGUAAUGAACACUCGGGGGCGCUAGGAGGCCUGACUCGCGUCAGACGUUUCUGCCAGGACGACGCCCACAUCUUCUGCACCCCAGAACAGUUGGAGAGCGAGAUAACAUCGUGUUUGGAGUUUGUGCGGAGUGUGUAUCGCGUGUUUGGCUUCUCCUUCCACUGUCAGCUUUCCACGCGGCCCACUCCCUGCCUGGGGGAGCCAGCUCUCUGGGACAACGCAGAGAUGCAGUUGGAGCGCAGCCUGCAGGAGUUCGGGGAGCACUGGGAGCUGAACCCAGGAGACGGAGCCUUCUACGGCCCCAAGAUUGACAUCCAGAUCCGUGACGCGAUUGGCCGACAGCACCAGUGCGCUACCAUUCAACUGGACUUCCAGCUGCCAAUCAGAUUUAACCUUCAGUAUGUGGGUGCGGACGGGUCGAUGCACAGGCCGGUGAUGGUCCACCGGGCAGUGCUGGGCUCUCUGGAAAGGAUGAUCGCCAUAUUGGCUGAGAACUUUGGAGGGAAAUGGCCCUUCUGGCUAUCACCAGCACAGGUCAUGGUGGUUCCUGUAGGGGGCGAUAGUGAGCAGUACGCUAAAGAGGUGGUUUGUAAACUCAAGGAAGCUGGCUUCAUGGCUGACGUGGAUGAUGAUCACGGGGCCACCUUAAAUAAGAAGAUCCGCAGUGCACAGCUGGCCCAGUAUAACUACAUCUUUGUGGUGGGAGAGAAGGAGCGAGGGAGUGGAGCGGUCAGUGUUCGGACGAGAGCGGGCAAGCAGCUGGGUCAGAGGUCACUGGAGGAGGUGAUGACUUCACUCAAGGGCCUGCAGGAGAGCCGUAGCAACCAAGACGAGUUCUGAUCACACACACACGCACACACACACACACACACACACACACACACGCACACACACACAUUCUCCAGAACAGAUACAAGUACUCUAGCCAUCCACACACACAGAGGUCAAGUUUAUGAUAAGUGAGUGUGAAUAAUGGAACUGUAUUGUUGAAAUAACUUUUAUAAUAAAAUAAUUUAAUUUGUA